AUGUUAAUUUGCAAUAAUUUAGAAGAAUGCAAUUCUUGUGAUUUUUCAAAAUGGUUCAAUAAUGGUGCCUUUAUAUAAAGCAAUAAAUUUUGUGAAACAUGUUAAAGUAUUUUGAAAUCAGAUUGUAUAAAAUUAGUUUCAGAUAUUCAAAGAUUUAUUAUAUUCAACAAUUAAUGUUAAUAUUUACCAGGCUAUUAUCAAGAUAUUCUACAAUUUCAUCCUAUUUGUGGGGAUCUUUUAGUAGUUGAUGGAGAAGAUCGUGAUGAUGGUAAUUACAAUCCAUUUGAUGAUUUGAUGGAUGCCAUAAUUGUAAAUUUGGAUGUGAUGAUUUUUGUUAAGAAUGUAUAUAUGGGCUUUGCUAUUUAUGCAUAUAAUGAUUGUUAUAGAAUAAAAAAUAACUGUUUUGGAAUUUAUUGA